UUUACAUACAAAUAUAGGAAAAAGCUUUAAAAAUCUUCUUCUCAAGAACCAUUGGGCCAAAGAAAUUUACAUGAAAGCUUUCUGACAUAGUGUAGAUUCAAGUUUGCAAAGGGUAGUUUGGACCAUAAUAGGGACUAAGGUUUUACAUGCAAAUAUAUAUUGAAAGUCUUCAGAUAUGGGCCAAGGUGACUCAGGUGAGCAAUGUGGCCCAUGGGCCUCUUGUUUCUUUAAGAAAGCAUCACUCAGAUCCAUUUUGCCCAUCCCUAGAUAUAUGCACAUGAUUAUUUUCAUUAAACUAAGAGAAUUAAGUGCUAACAACAAAACAAAAAAUUAAAUUUUCAGGCUGAUGUUUGUGUCUGCCAUUACCAUGCAAAUAUAUUGACCAAGGUCUGUAAAUAACAAAGACAUUUUGCAUAAUUUUAGAUCACAGUAAAGUAUGGAAGCAAAUAUAGGUCUUCAGUUGUUCAUGAUCCCAUCAAACAAGCAAUAUGCAGAGCUAUGUUCAACAAAAGUAAAACUUUUGUACAUCACUUGAUGAAGACAGACCAGUACAAGAAAAUUGUAGUUCAAGUCAUUUGUAAGGAGAUACGCAAGGAAAUCAGCGAAAUUUGCAGAAAAGAAGAUAAUCAGCUGCAUUACAACACCGAAAUUAAAGACUGGAAAAGUCUCCUGCAAUAUUUCAACCAGCGAGCUCCUAUUACUGCAUCAUUGUUAAAAAGUGUUAUAUCAAAGGAUGUUAAAGAGAGUGAAAUUGAAGGGCAUAAACUGAUAAGCCUCUGCACUGGGUUUUCAGUUUUGUUGUACAGCAGAAACAACACCCUAUCAAGACUGCAGUACACUAUUGGACUGAUAUUGGAUCAAUGUGGUGCCACCAAAGAGGCAAUAUCAGUGUUACAUGACCUGGGGAUAUCUGUGUCUCCAAGUGCUUUACACAGAAAGAAGAGAGACAUUGUAAGACAACAAGAAGAGAUUGUUCAAGAAACAGUUGGCAAGUAUGUUUCUGAGAGGCGAGAUGCCAUGACUGCAACCAAACUCAUUAGGGAGUAUGAAGAUCAAAUGAGUGAAAUGAAUGUAUUGUUCAAACCUAAAACUCAGCCAGUUUUGUUUGAAAAAUUUGACAUGCCCAGGACCCCUAGAGUGUUGUCAAAUGGAUGUGGGGUGCAGUUAGAUACUUUAACAACUCGUGAGCUUUGGGAUUGUUCUAAAAGAUCAACAUCCAAUACCAGUGCAGACAGUGAAGUGACUUUUUCAAUGAAUUACCAUUCACAGAUGAGAGGUGUGACUCAGGAACCAGUCACUGUGCAGUUUAAUGCUAGUGCAAAUCAAAACUCCAACCCAGGGAUCAUUUACUCCUCAGGAAAUCAAGGAAAAGUGGUGUCUUUUUUGAAAGAGAAAAUUCGGAAAACUAAGGAAAAUCCAUCUCCACCCAUUGAAAUCUUAGGUGACAAUAUUGAUAUACUUGUUAGUCCAGCUAAUAUGACUUUAGAUAGACAAAGAAAAUCAUGGCAUUGGUUUCUUCUGCUUGCUACUCAGAAAAGAAUAACUGACAAGGAUCUUCCAACAGAUGAAUCCUUAGCUGAUGUAGAAACGAUUGACAGUUGUGAGUUUGUUCCAUCUGAAGAUGAAAUCGAAGAAUAUCAGAAAAAUACACAAUUCCAUGUGGCAAAAAUAUUAACAAAGUAUAUCGAGGAGCUGAGGCAAUUCGAGAGACUCCUUCCAAAUAACAUCCAGCACCCAUAUAUUGAAAAAACUUCCCAGAAGUCUGUGUUCAUUAACUGUGAUUUAAUUGAUGAAAGUGAAAAUUCCUCUGAUGGAAUGAUUCGUAUACUGCAAAGAGUGCAUUCUUUAGCAGUGCCACACAUCAAUGAAAACAUUGAAAAGGUAGUGCUGGGUGGUGAUGUUUUGACCAAUGAACGAGCUUUGAGUGCACAACAAGCCAUGAGAAACAAUGAGACCUGCGAUGAAAAGUUACUUGGUGUAAUACAUAGACCUGAAGGAUUACACAGGCAGAUGAAUUUUCUGAUGGUGACGUUUCACCAUUGGAAUUUACUGUUUUUGGUUUACUUCAUUCUACGGGCAUAUAUCAAGAGUUUUACAAAGAGGAAAGCAGUGGUGAUGGUGGCAGUCUUUAUCAGCUUCGUAACCUAAUCAACAGAAGAAAUGUAUCAGGAGCUGAACAAGUGACCAAAGACUUAAGGUCACACAUGACAUACAUCAUGGAUGUAAUGAGUGGAUAUGUGGUUGCAGCAUUUAUGAGUUUACACAACAUGAAUGAUUUAGACGACAAACCACCAAACCUCCCACUAUUUUCCCUCAUGAAUGAAAAUCAAAAGAAG